AUGAUUCGAAAGAUGAAACCAGAAACGGAUGUUAUUAUUGUUGGCGCAGGCCCGACUGGCCUUGUCCUUGCUCUGUGGCUUCAUCAUCAAGGCAUCAAUGUCCACAUUUUCGACCAGGCAGAGGCUCCGGCGAAAGAAUCAAGAGCGAUAGUUGUUCAUGCUCGCAUAGUAGAGCUGUAUCGACAGCUUGGAUUAGCCGAAGACUUGCUCGCACUCGGGUACAAGCUACCGGCGACAAAUCUCUGGAUUGGUAAACAGCACAAAGCACGCCUUGCGCUAGGAGAAUUUGGCCGCGAUUUGACUCCAUACCCCUUCAUGCUGAAUGUACCACAAGACGACCAUGAAAGAAUGCUAGAAAAACGACUGAAUGACUUCGGAAUCCAUGUCGAACGAGGAGCAAAAUUGCAAGGCUUUGUGGACCACGGAUCAAGCAUCACUGCUACCCUGUUCCGCGAGAAAGACGGGAUCUCAACUACACAUGAGGCCUCAUACAUAGUCGGCUGUGAUGGAGCUCAUUCGGCUGUUCGUCGCGGGAUUGGUGCCAGAUUCGAAGGCGAAACAUACAAACCGCUCUUCUACAUCGCUGACAUCGAAGGCAAAAGCGACAAGUUCUUCAAUGGCGAAGGGAACCUGGUGUUCACCGAUGAGACUUUCAACCUGCUAAUCCCCUACGACGAGGCAGGCCAUGCACGAUUGGUUGGUAUCAUGACCCCGGAUAACGAUGACGGCGACAGUCGUGAAUCACCAGAGCAUGAGCACCGCAUCACGUUCGAAGAUAUUCAACCAAAAAUUAUGCAAGCGAUGGAUAUCGACAUUACAAUGGUCAACUGGUUCUCCACAUACCGUUGCCACCACCGUGUAGCCGACAAAUUCCGCAGCAAUCGGGCGUUUCUUGUUGGGGAUGCAGCUCACAUUCACAGCCCAGUUGGCGGGCAGGGCAUGAACACCGGAAUUAUGGAUUCGAUCAACCUAGCGUGGAAGUUAGCGACAGUCCUCAAACAGACAAACAUGACCGAAGAAGCACAACACCAACUGUUGGAUUCAUAUGAAUCCGAACGCCGCUCCUUCGCCAUGAUGAUAGUCAAGUCUACCGACACAGGUUUUACGACGUUGACAUCAAAAGGAUUCUUCCCAUACCUUCUUCGACAUUGGCUGAUCCCGUAUCUUGUGCCACUGCUUUUGAAAUUCAAUUUUGCGCGGACUAGAAUUUUCCGAGGCGGUUCUCAGCUUAUUUGCAACUACCGGGGUAGCCGUCUCUGCCGGACUGGCGAAGGGACCGUGCAGCCUGGCGAUCGUCUCCCGUGGGUCGAAAUCAACCAGGUGGACAAUUUUUCCACCCUGCGAGAUAUUUGCUGGCAGCUCCAUAUCUACGGAGAGUCCCCGCAAUUCGAACAGUGGGCCCAGAAGACGGGUGUGAAAGUCUUCGUCUUUCCCUGGCACGACCAAUACAGCAAAGCUGGACUGAUUAGGAAUGCUGUCUACUUGCUGCGACCUGAUCAGUAUAUUGCAGACAUUUUCGAGGAUCCGUCCGUUGAGGGGUUGGAGGAGUACUUCGCUACUCGAGGAUUCACCUACAUGUAG